AUGAACAGCUCUAUAUUGAACCAAUCGCACUGUCCUGAGGUGGUGGUUCCCAACCCCGUCUUCUUCACCAUCGGAGCGGUGAGCUUUGCAGAGAACUUCCUUGUUGUGGUAGCUGUCAUACGGAACAGAAACCUCCACUCGCCAAUGUACUGCUUCAUCUGCAGCCUGGCAGCCUUCCACGCCAUCGCCAGCCUGACCAAAACCUUGGAAAACCUCAUGAUUGUGUUUGCUGAUGUGGGACACUUGAAUAAGAAAGGCUCUUCUGAGACCACGCUGGACGAUGCAAUCGACUCCCUGCUGUGCAUGUCUUUCUUGGGGUCCUUUUUCAGUGUCCUGGCCAUUGCCGUGGACCGUUACAUCACCAUCUUCCAUGCACUCCGAUACCACAACAUCAUGACAAUGCAGCGCACUGGGGCCAUCUUGGGCAUCAUCUGGACUGUGUGCGGGGGCUUGGGCGUGCUGAUGAUAUUGUUCUUUGACUUCAAGCUCAUCAUGAUCUGCUUCGUCAUAUUGUUUUUCAUCUCCUUGGUGAUUAUCUGCUCCCUGUAUGUCUACAUGUUCAUGCUGGCGCGCAUCCAUGCCAGAAAGAUUGCAGCGUUACCGGUUGGUGGCAGGAACAAUCAUCACCAGCAGCGGUGGGGGAGCAACAUGAGAGGGGCCCAGACCGUCACCAUCCUGUUUGGGACGCUGGUGGUUUGCUGGUCGCCAUUUUUUUUCCACCUCGUCAUCAUCAUGGUGUGCCCCAUGAACCCCUACUGCGAGUGUUACCGAUCGCUGUUCCAGCUGCAUGUGGCGCUGCUGACGAGCCACGCGCUCUUCGAUCCGGCCAUAUACGCCUUCCGCAUCGCCGAGCUCAGGCACACCUUGAGGAAGAUGCUGCUUUGUUCUGACUGGAAGCUCUGUUCGUAG